AUGGCAGCUGAAGCCGGGCUACCAGUUGAAAAACGCCUGACCAAUCGUUCCACUCGCAAGCACCUGGUCCAAAAACUUAGAGAACACAACUUUCCAGCCACUGAAAUUAUGUCUGUCACUGUACACACGAAUCUGAAAACAUCAGCAACUAAAUAUGUUCACCAAAGUGAUGUACGAGUAAAAAGGGGUGUAACUUCACCUUUAACAGCCAAUACUUUGAAUCCAGGGCCCUUGAUUGCAAAGCAUAACAGGUCAAGGAAGAAACAAACAUUGCUGUCACCUGCUAAAGAGGCACUGUUACAAGAAAUUUCUGCAGGCAAAGAUUCUACUUCGGUACUGUUACAAGAGCUGCGGACGCAGUCCUCAUCACUGACUUCGAGAACACAAAUUUUCUGCUCAGUCCUGCAUAAAUUCAGAGACAUAAGCAGACUUGAGGACAGCAUUGAUCACUUCACGGAUGAAAUAAUUAAAGAGAUGAUGAAAAGAGUCCCGCUACUUCUGAAGGUUAUUCUAUGUGUGGCUACACCUGCCAGUAAGAAUAUGAAACCAUCUAUUCUUCCUGCAAUAGCUUCUGCUUACAGCAUCUUGAUGAAGCAUAAAUGUGAUAACCUCUCAGCGUACCACAGAUUAACAACCAUCAUUGCUAUCAAGGGUGGCCUUGAUGAAAGACUGAGUUUGAAAAUUGGUUCCGCUCUGUUGAAAACAUUGCCAUCAGGGGACGGGGCGGAGAACAUCUCUCAAUAUAGCUAUAGUGAAUCUCUGUGA